AUGGACCAGGUCCAUAGAGGACGCAAUCUCUCUCUAUCCCGUAGGCAACAAUGCGCGUGCCUGAUCCAGGAAAUCGCCUCACGGCUGCAAACAACUCAGGUUGUGAUCAACGCUUCUAUUUAUUACAUGCAUCAUAUCUACGAGGUGUUUUCCCCAGAGACUAUAAAGCCAAUAAUGGUAUCUCUCGCCUCUCUCUAUAUUGCCUGUAAAACUGAAGAUUUCUCUCGAAAAUUGUCUUUAUUAAUAAAGGCUGCUUACGAUACCCUGGGCAAGCCUAUGCCACAGGAAACUUCCGAUACAUUUAAGCGUAUCGUUCAGAAUGUACACGCCCUGGAAGCCGCUAUAUUGAUGAUAAUUGGAUUCCACACCCUCGAAGUUAAACAGCCCCAUGUCAUCUUAAUCAAUGCUAUCCGAGCGAAUAAUUUCCCUAAGGAAAUAUCACACACAAGCUAUUAUAUUUGCACUAAUAUGUUGCAUUUAACUACCUUGGUCUUGAGACAUUCGGCGGAGGCUAUUGCGGCUUCUUGUCUAUAUAUUGCUGCCAAAUGGAAUUCGACGGAUAUAAAAUCAUCCUCCGGAGUCGAUUGGUUCAAUGUAUUCUCCCCUAAUCUCACCUUGGAAGAAAUAAAGCAAAUAUCUGAUGAAUUUACUUUAGCUUUUCAGGCGUGUGAUCGUAAAAUCCGCGAGCAGUUGCAAAAUUCCCUGCGCGUAAGUUUAUUAUUAUUCAUAGCAAUUUUACAGGCAAGAAAGCUUAUACGUGAGGAGAGUAUUCCCAGGGCUGUCAUUCACGACAAAAGAGUGGGCUCAUUUGAUCCUCAAAGACAGACAGGUGUUAAAAUUGAUCCCUCUAAGACCUCCCGUCUAACGGAUAAAAGGAUUUAUCCUGAACCGCCUGGCCCUACUGGCGCUCCUAGCGUCCCUCAUAUACCUUUUACUACUCAGCAUACUCACCAUCACCCUCGUGUUAUCAAUCCUGGAGCUGGGGGGCAUCCGUAUCACAAUCAAGCCUACAAUCAACAGGCAUCACAGGCUCAACAAAAUUUUAAUGUGAAUCGGUCUCAGGCUAAUUUACCUGUUCAACCAGCUCACUAUGCCUCCUCGAGAGCUGGUGCACCUGCUGAACAGCCAGAUAUUAAGCGUCAAAGACUUGAUCGUAACUUCCUUCACAUCUACCCAGAUCCUCAAUGUAAUAGGCCUCGAGAGGAUUCGCGCGUGCCUCGCUUUUUGCCGACGAAUAAUCGUAGUAAUAUAGGCAAACCCAAUGGACAUCCCUCGACUUUCAACCUUGGUAGGGCAACGGCCUCUAAAAAUGACUUGCAUGAGUUUUUCUAG